UUUACUUAUAGCAGUUUUAACGCACCAGUUGCUGUUUAAUCGCAAGAAUUUCAUCUACCCAGCGACUUUACAGUUCUGAUAAACAGCGUCUUCAAAUGUCAAUACACUCUUGAGUCAGUCAGUAGUAAUGGAAAGCAGUCUGGUAACUCUGUGUUGUGUUUCGUUUUACGCAUGGCGCUCUCGUAUUCUCAUGAAAACUCUGCCUAUUGGUAUCCCGAACCUGGCAGCCUUAAUUACACGGUUAUGAAACGGAAGAUAGAAGAGAAUGGAGAAAGUGAAGGACCACCUCCGAAAAUACCUGGGAACUACUCUUUACCACUGCCUUAUGGAUGGCAGCCGCCGAGAGUGCAAGUUAAUAUGAGAGGUGGUGGUAUGAGAAUGGCGAGAGCUGGACCGUGGAGAGGCGGAGCGGUACCGAGAGGAAUGCCAGCAUAUAACCCACGAGGGUAUUUCAGAGGCAAUGGAAGAGGGGGUCGAGUAGCACCACCAAGAUACUAUGAGGUUCUGCAACAGCCAUAUCCGAGGGACUACCAGAAGCCCAGUUGGUUACCUCACUACCAGCAGCAUGAGCCUCUGUCGCCGCAGCAGCCGCCGCCUCUUCCUCCGCCGCCGCUACCACCGCCUCCACAAGCCCAGCAACAUCAGGCGCAUCCUCCACAGCAUCAACACCAACACCAACAUCAACACCAGCACCAUCACCCUCACCCUCACCCUCAUUCUCAUGCCCUCUCUUCUUCGGGGACCGGUGACACUUCACAGAUAGAUCCGAACCAGGUGGAGGAUCCAAAUGCAGGAAACAAUAUCGUCGUGGUUCGGAAGGCUGUGACUGCACCCGUCUCUGUUGUUGAGGAGACCUUCACCAAACCUAAGUCAAAUAAGCGACGACCAAUGUCGCAGAGCUAUCCAUCACGUCCUUGGAACAAGGAAGAUGCAGAAAGAGCUUUAGCAGUUGAAUCUUCACACAUGAAAGGUCUCCGAAAUCAGUCUCUGAUCAUUCGGUUCCCAGACCCAGAGCUUACAAAGGAUAUGGUCAAAGCAUUCCAUCCAGGAAUUGAGAAUGUCCAUUUCCAAGUUCCAAGUGGUCCAAGGUACUGCUUUGUUCAAUUAGCUGAAUCAACAAAUGCAGACAAAACCAUGAAGGAAUUAGAGAAGAUUAAAUUUGGAUCAGGAACUUUAAAAGUGGAGAAAAAGUUUUCGAAAGAUGAAGAGGAGCUGUCACCUGAGGCUAUUGAUCCUUAUACGUUAUAUAUUGGAAACUUACCUACAAAAGUUAAUAUAGCUAGUGUCAAGGAGAAAUUCCCAACAGCUUCAAGGAUAGACAUUGGCUUUGCACAGAGGAUGAAGUUCACGCGGUAUGCAUUUAUUAGGUACAACACAGUUGACGAGGCAAUAGAAGCCUACAAAAGCACACACAAUCUUGUUCUCGAUUCGAGAAGCAUCAUUGUCAGGUUUAGGAGACAACGAGGACCCGUAGGUCUACCAGGUGAAAGUCGGCCACCGAAACCUCCAAAGGCUCAAAAGGAAGCAGCAAAAACACAAAAGGGGAAGAAGGAGAAACCUGUUAAACCUAAAGAAGAGGAGGAGGAAGUCGAGGAGGAAGAAGAAGACGAUGAUGAGGACGACGAUGACGAUGAUGAGGAUGAAGAUGAUGAUGACGAUGAUGAUGAUGAAGAUGAGGAUGAUGAGGAAGAAGAUGAUGACGACGAUGAUGAAGAUGAGGAACCAGAUGAUCAGGAUGCAGCUGACGACGAUCCUGAUGAGGAAGAUGAAGAAGACGAUGAGGAGGAGGAGGACGACGACGAGGAUGAAAGGAGAAUACUGAACAGAAUAUUCAACAAUUUCCCCUGAAAAUGGAGGGUUGCCAAGUACAUAAACAAGAUAACACAUAUGAUGUUAUGUUUUUUUGAAACUAAAAUGAAAACUUGCCUUAUAAAUUGAAUCUUGAUAAUGUUCAAGAUGGUGUCAAAAAUGUAAUGAACAAAAUUUUCUGCAUUCAUUGCUGAUGCGGAGCCAUCUACAUCGGCAAAGAAGAAAUAUUUUUCUAUGUUUAACUACUCUUUUCAGAGAAAGAAUCUGAAAACUGUGAUCAAUUCUAACAUUAAGAAUAAAACUUCUGCAACAUAUUUUCAAAUAUUUUGCUGAUAAAUGCAGGAAUUGUGAAUAAUUGACUAUUGAGAGCCUAUGUUGAAGGCUGCGUAAUGAACAAGGCCACCAUACCAUGAGAAGCGGGAACUGCAAGAUGUGUCUAAAAUAUUCAGUGAAUGGACAGCUGUAUGAACAUGAUAGUGUGCCAAAGAUGGAUAGACAUGCCUAGAAGUGUUACCAAAUGUCAACACACUAAGUUGAACCAGACUGAUCUGGUGACUGAAAAUUCAGAUCAUAUUGUGAUGGAACGUUCCAUAAAUGCAAAGUUUUGUCACAAAUUGUGAAAAAUAGCAACUGAGCUGUCAGAUUUAGAGGCAAGUGUACAGAACAGAAACCAUAAAAAGGAAAUGUUUCUACAAUUGAUUGACACGCAUUUAGGACACCAUGUUGAUACUGGCUGCCAAUAGGCCUGACACACGACAUUGAGCAAAUUCGAUAGUCACCUUUGUUCAAGGAAAUUUUUAAAACUAUAAUUCAACAAGAUUUAGGAAAGCGGAAUGUCUGUUCAUGUUUGGUGGAGUGCAAGUUGUUUGAUUACAGAAGGAAACUGCUAGAUAUUUCAUUGACACAUUUGACCAACAUCCAUCUUUUCUGUCAACAUCAUUUGUGAUGGUGUAGCAAAGGCAUCCACCGUGGCCACAUUGUGCCUGUUACUGCAUUACAGGUUGACAAAACAUGAAAAGGUGUGUGAGAUAAGUACUGGCAAUUUCCAGCCAAAACUAUGUUGUGGCCAGUAAAGAUUACUUUGAGAAUGAGUAAAGAUAUUUUGCUUAUACCUUAUAAUUUAUGAUUUUGUAUUACCGUUCACCAAACUUUUUAGACUCACAUUGCAAUUCAAGUUAACAGCAAGCUGAGCAAGGGCAUGUUAUUUUUCUAAAACUUCCCAUUCAAGUGGAUCUGCUAGAUGUGAGAGAUCAUUCAUGGCAUAUCAUCUUAGUUCAUCAGGAUGAUGCAUAAUUUCAUAAUUUUAAGAACAACACCAGGUGGACGCCAUGGUGAAUUUUCAAGUCAGCUAGCAUCAGGAGGAGUUAGAAUAGAACUGCAAAAGAUGGUGCUUAAA